AUGGUAGGAGGGGAGCCUCUCUCCUUCCCGGCCGUCACGAUCUGCCGUCGCAACCCUGUCUUCGUGAACCAGAGUGAUGAUUCAGAGUAUUGGAACGGAUUCAGAAAAUUCGCGGAAUUCAAUCUGGAAAUGAAAAGACUGCUGGAACUACUAUCAAGCGGAGAACUCAUAAGACAAGAAUCAUCGGCAAAUGUGUCUUCUUCCCUCAACGAUACUGAGCAAAACGAUGACGGGAGUGGAAAUAAAAACGUCUCCAUCAACCCCUUUGCAGAACUGUCCGACAACACGGCCGACCACACACUCCUUCGACUCUCCUUCCCAGACAAAAUUGAAAUCCAGAACCGCAGUAGAUUUUUCUCCAGACCUCCACACCCCUGGCCAUUCGUCGUGGUCCAGAGGCGAUGGUGGAAGAAGAAUGCCUCGGAUGAACCUUCCCGCAUCGUCCGCCUGAGUGAAAAUACCUCUUGGCUCCAGAACAACUUCUUUGAUUUCUACCGCUUGGAUGGCUCCCUGCCGAAUAAAGACUACCUGCGGAGGGAACUUUUAGGAGAUUUCCAUGACAUGAAGCAGUCAGUGCGACAUUGCACCUUCAAUGGGGAACUUUGCAAUGAUGAGGACUUUUCAGAAGUGGAAACGGAGGCGUAUGGGAAGUGCCUUGUCUUCACCCACGUGGCAAACGGAUCAAAUCAAUGGGUCUUUUUGGGUUCUUCAGGGAGCCAGUCCUCGGAAUUUUUUAUUAACGACUACAGCUUCUUCAAGGGAAUGAAACCCUCUGCCCUAGGUCGUACCGUAUAUACGGACUCCUCUCGCUUCAGAAAGCUUUUUUGGUUUUCGGUAUUCCUCUGCGCUACAGGAUACAUGACAUACGGAAUCAUCGAUACCAUCAAUAUGUAUAUGUCCGGCCGGACGAUAACCACGUCUCAGAUGGUAGGAGGGGAGCCUCUCUCCUUCCCGGCCGUCACGAUCUGCCGUCGCAACCCUGUCUUCGUGAACCAGAGUGAUGAUUCAGAGUAUUGGAACGGAUUCAGAAAAUUCGCGGAAUUCAAUCUGGAAAUGAAAAGACUGCUGGAACUACUAUCAAGCGGAGAACUCAUAAGACAAGAAUCAUCGGCAAAUGUGUCUUCUUCCCUCAACGAUACUGAGCAAAACGAUGACGGGAGUGGAAAUAAAAACGUCUCCAUCAACCCCUUUGCAGAACUGUCCGACAACACGGCCGACCACACACUCCUUCGACUCUCCUUCCCAGACAAAAUUGAAAUCCAGAACCGCAGUGGAUUUUUCUCCAGACCUCCACACCCCUGGCCAUUCGUCGUGGUCCGGAGGCGAUGGGUCAUGAUUCAUCCUCCUGGGUUACAACCCAACCCCCUUGAAGAGGGAUUUGAUGUAAAUAUGGAAAUGAUUUCCUACAUCGGCGUGCGGAAAACGGUGAUGGAAAGACUUCCUCCAGACCAAGGGGGAAAUUGUGCUACUGAAUCAUACUUGGAAAAUCGAUUCGACCCCGAGAUCUUCAAUUUCUCAGUGAAACGGAAGUUUUCCAAGCAGCUGUGCCUCAGAAUGUGCUUCCUUCAACUGAUUCCUAGAGCCAAUCGAUGGGGCUGGGAUGAUUCCCUUCUGCGAAUCACUUCUGAUUACAAAUGGAUGAACGAGACAGACCAUAUCACUGUUGUGAACAUCUACUAUGAGGUAUUGUCAGCGGAGGAACUUACGCAGCAACUGUUGUACCCAUGGGGGAGCUUCGUCGGCAUGUUGGGAGGAUUGCUGGGUCUCUACACCGGGCUCUCCUUCAUCACCGUCCUGGAAAUGCUGGAAUGGAUCCUGGACCUCUUGCUGUACGGCUGGAGGAAGCCACGAAGCGAGAACAUGGGGUCGAAGCGGCGGGUCAUUCUCACCUGGAGAGACAACGAGGAAAGGGAUGCCGAGUCGUGGAAGAGUGUCAUGAAUUCACGCUUUCCUUUGGAAUAUGAUUUUGGCGAUAUGACUUCAACUAACAAAGCAGCCCGGAGCGCUGCCUUCGAUCUUGCCUUCUAUGAUCGAUACAUAUGA